UAUCCACUUGAGAUGAGCGACCUCCAGAAAUCUUUCGCCAAGUCAAAAUUGGCCAAAUUCCCACCUGAAGCUCCCAUGGAAGAACCUAUGAUUGAAGAGGCCUGGGAGUCAGGGUCCUCGGCAUCGUCGGUCUCAUCUACUGGGACAGCGGUACCAUCUCCCACCCGUCAACUGUUUGCGCGGGCUGGUCGACGGCAAUCCUCGCAAACUUCUCUCCAAUGGACAGGCUUCUUUGAACAAGAGCUCUUCCUCCCGGAUGACGUUGGGAACCUCCGCAUUGUCCACCACAUUUAUUUGACACCUCCUGUCGAUAAAGCCCCGCUCUUUGUUAUGCACCAUGGAGCAGGGUCAUCGGGAUUGUCAUUUGCCACGUGCGCAGAUGAGAUACGCAAAAUCCUUCCAAAGGCAGGCAUCCUGUCUUUGGAUGCACGAAGUCACGGCCGCACGGUCAUGACCACCCAGGACACGGAUACUAAGGCUAAUGACGAAAGCCCAUCCACUGCCGAUGCUGCGCAGACCGAGGCUGCUGGGAAGGUAGAACUAGAUCUCAGCCUUGAGACGCUGAGCCGGGACCUGGUUUACGUCAUUCGUCAAACGCAGACUCGAAUGGGAUGGCAAGAUCUUCCUGAUAUCAUUCUCGUGGGACACAGCCUAGGCGGUGCAGUAAUAACAGACGUUGCAAAGAAUGGGGAGCUGGGUCCGAAGCUGCUGGCGUACGCGGUUUUGGAUGUGGUUGAAGGUAUAAUUGCCCCCUCCCUACUCUUCUUCUUUUUGUGGCCUCAGUCACUUACCGGACUAUCAAUAGGUUCUGCAAUAGACGCAUUGCAGAGUAUGGACAUGUAUCUUUCAACAAGGCCAAACCGGUUUCCAUCGCUUCAAUCGGGAAUUGAAUGGCACACUCGCUCUCGCACAAUCCGCAACACUACCUCCGCUCGUGCUUCAGUCCCAUCACUCCUAUAUGAAGAGAGCACCGCUACUGAUUUAUCCCGCCCUUGGGUAUGGCGCACCAACCUCUCCGCCACGAAGCCUUUCUGGGAGAACUGGUUUGUUGGCUUGAGUCGGAAGUUCCUUGAUGCACGAGGCGGCAAGCUGCUUUUACUCGCCGGGACAGAUCGUCUCGAUAAAGAAUUAAUGAUCGGCCAAAUGCAAGGAAAAUAUCAACUUCAGGUCUUUCCUGAAGCAGGACACUUUGUCCACGAAGACCAGCCUACAAAAACCGCACAGAUCUUGGCAGACUUCUACCGUCGAAAUGACCGCAGUGCAUUGGUGCUGCCGCCCAAGGUUGCUGAUAUGCAAGCAUCUGCUGCUAUGAAAAAGUGA